CAAGUGGACAAAGACGCAAGGAGCAAAAUCAUCUUUUCAAUUCCAUCACAGGGAGAGAGGGAGAGGGUGAAGUGGGAGGGGCCAAGUGAGCGAGAUAGUGAUGCUUUCAGCAGGUGCCAACAAGUGAGAGGUAGCUGAGAGAGGAAGAGGGAGAUGGAGCUGAGCCUCUAAAAGCAAAAGACACUCAUCUUUGACAGAAAAAAAUAGGAAAAUCCAGAGUGUGUCUAGCCCUUGUGUUCUGGUCAGUCGUGCCCCUCCUCUCUGCUGCCAUGCUGUGCCCUGUGCUGCUCUGUGCCGCUCUGCUCCUGCUGGCACCGCUGGAGAACACAGAGGCGCGCGCUCUGCACCCCUCUCCUGAUGCCGUGCAGUUUAUGGAGCAGUUUCUGGAACGGUACAAUGACCUUCUGACCCUGGACGACCUGGAGAACCUGCUGAGCAGCCAGCCGGAAGAGCCCUCCACCUUUGCCACUGGGGUCAAAGUGGCCGAGUAUCCCAAAUGGGCCGACGUGCCUGCACAGGGAGAGACCCCCUGGCUCCGCCUGCUGAAGGGGGCUCUGGCCAAUCAGAAGCGAGCAGAACCGGACCGGUCACGGAGGGGAUGGAACCGAGGCUGCUUUGGCCUGAAACUGGACCGGAUCGGCUCGAUGAGCGGACUGGGCUGUUAGUGGAGACCAAGGGGAGGAAAGGACUGAUGACAUCCUUCAUAGAUUAUCACGAGGAAACGCACACACACAAAGGCAUCACAUGCACUGAGGGAUGUUUACAUGAGUACAUGUGGUAUGGUAUAUAUUUGCAGUAUCGCUAGUUGGUUUCAUCUAGGUACCAUAGAUCCAACGCUUUACACCUUUUUGGCUGUUUCACUGGACAGCUGUAGUUUGUCUCAUGUUUAAGUAUCAAGCUGAAUAUUGAACACGUGAGCUAUGUUUACAUGAAAUUGUUCUAUUUAAUUGAGGGAGAUGUUUUUUAAGUAAACUGUCACUUUAUGUAUUCCCAUCUUUGUCCGUAAAAGUGUAAACGUAGUUAUGUUAAUUCUGUGGGACAGGGAUAGUCUGUAAACGCAUGUAUAACGGAAGUGAUUGACAAAAUUGUGGCAUCUGUAAUUCCAGUUGUUUAUUUACAUUGUUGUUUAUAUGGUUUACUUUUGAUUUGCAUGAAUAAAUGGAUUUCACAUUGG